AUGAUUAAACAACAGCAACCACAACAACUUAAGGCACAAAACACCCAGGUCCCUCAGACCAUUACAUACGCCAUAUAUGCAUAUAAUUCAAAGACGGCAGAACAAACGCAAAGGUUGAAAUAUGGAGAUUUGGAGAUAGUAUUGAAAAAUGACCAUUUCGAAUUCGUUUGCAAAGGUGGUGCGGUGAUAUCAAAUAUAAAAGAAAUUUUAUUUAUGAAUUCAAAAAUUAAAGGAAUAACGGAUGAUAUAACAUCAAUUCCACCAGAAGAACAGAGAUAUUACGCAUUAAAUGCAUUUCCUAAAGUUUUGAAGAUUGGAAGAUUUAAUUUAAAUGAGGAAUUCAUAGAAGGUUUCCUAAAUGACAUAAUGAAGAAAGCAGAUAAGGAAUACGUUAAUACUGAGUUAAAUAAGAAGGCAAAUUUGGUUUAUGUUGAUGAAAAAGAUAAUGAAAUUAAAGAAAAGGUUGAAUGGUAUCAUGAAUGGACAUCGGAGACUUUUAAAGUUAAAGCUGAUACAGAAUGGGUUUCAGGAUGUUUAGAUCUUAAAGCAGAUAAAACUUAUGUUGAUGAAAAUUAUGCAAAGAAGUCGGAAGUAAAUGAUGUGAUUACAAGCAUGAAAAAUGAAAUACUUCAAACAUUAUAUCCUGUUGGUUCUAUUUAUACGUCAAUGAACUCAACAAAUCCAUCAACAGUUUUAGGUUUUGGUACGUGGAAGCAGAUUGUAGAUAAAUUCUUAUACUGUGCUAGAUAUUCAAAGCAAACAGGAGGUUCGAAGAAAAUUAAAGAAGCAAACCUUCCACCGCACACUCAUACAGGAACUACAAACACAACAGGUAAUCAUUCACAUUCAAUAACAAAAAGAGGUUAUAUAAAUCUUGCAGCUGGUUCGGAUAGAUGGGGAAUGAAUAGAUAUGAUAUCACAACUGACCCAGUAGAUUCAAGCACAGGUAUUUUCUGUGGAACCGCAGGUAAUCAUUCACACACUUUCACAACAAAUCCAACAGGCUCGGGUAAAGAUUACAUGCCACCAUUUGUGACUGUAUUCGCAUGGUACCGCGUUCAAUAA